GACCUAAGCUAUAGUAAAAAUUUAGAGAAUAUUUUUAGGUCAUCUAAUUGACUCACAGCUAGCAUGAAUUGGAUAAGUGACAGCAUGAAAAGAAGCGUCGGCGAUGGGGUGAAAAAUCAAUAGGUCGGUGCAUGCAGAAUUGCAACGACGACCAAGUGCAGAAAAGUCAUUCGGUACCGGAUCAUUUGACACCUUGAAGAUAGGCGUCCACAGUUGUUCUGGUGUUAUGCUGGUUUUGGAUAAAAAUGCUAUCAUCACCGGAUGAUUCGACACUACUGAAGAAGGCGUAAGCGCAAGUGUGAUUUGAUUACUUAGAGAGCAUGUGUGACAGAAUAUUUUGAGCAGAACGAAGAAGGAUAAGAAAGAAAAAACACAGGAGUCGAAAAGCCCAGGCCGAGAUAGCCGCGGCGCCGAGCACAUUGGCACGCUACUGGCGCUGCAUCUCCAAUUACCCCCAUUGGUUUCAGUUCCAAGAGAGAGUAAUCCCAUUGCACGUCAGCUCACCCACCUUGGCCUGGCGCUGGAGCUGGAGCUGGCCGUGCCGGCGAGCGCAAGCAUGCAACCGGCGGCAAGCCGGCCAGACCCUCUCACCAGGAAAGACGCCGGACAUGAGAGAUGGGCACGGCGAGGCAUAGGCGCGUAGGGAUCGGAAAGUGAAACCUGCUGCCGAAACGUUUGACCAAGGGCUGCUUCUAGUAGAUCUUAAGCAUAACAAAGACCACACAUAUCCGAUAAUACUAUGUCAUCACUGCCAAAAAAGAACACAAAGACCCCUUAAUAAUACGAAAACAUAGUAUAUAUUAUUGGAAAAAUAGACGGAUUCAAAGUGUCCAGAUCAUCCAAGCACGUUGCGGUUUCGACAUAUCCAUCUACAUUAGGCAGCCUUCAUUCCACCAGAGGUCUCGAUCCUCCUCCGGCACCUUCCUAUCUGCUCCAUUCUGUUAGCUAGCUAGCUAGAGUCAACUGGCUGGCAAUGGCUAGGUCUCAGCUUCUUCUCGCGCUGCUGUGCCUCGCCGCCUCCCUGGGCGCGCAGGCCGCCGGCUCCGGCGGGAGGAAGAUGGUCGGCGUGUACGAGCUCAGGAUGGGGGAUUUCUCCGUCAAGGUCACCAACUGGGGCGCCAGGCUGAUGUCCCUCGUCCUCCCCGACUCCAAAGGGAACCUGGCUGAUGUCGUCCUUGGCAAGGACACCAUCGCGGAGUACGUUAACGACACCUCUUACUUCGGCCCGAUCACCGGCCGCGUCGGGCAGAGGAUAUCGCGGGGCCGCUUCGUCCUCGACGGCAAAGUCUACCACCUCGAAAGAAACGACGGCAGGAACACGCUUCAUGGUGGUGGCAGAGGGUUCCACAAGGUCAUCUGGACGGUGGAGGAGUACAUGCCCGACGGCGACUCCCCGUACAUCACCUUCUACUACCGCAGCUUCGACGGAGAGCAAGGUUUCCCUGGGAACCUGGACGUGUACGUGACGUACAGGCUAUCGGCGCCCUACACGCUGGGCGUACACAUGAACGCGACGGCGCUGGACAGGGCCACGCCGGUGAACCUCCUGCUGCACACGUACUGGAACCUCGGCGGGCACGGCAGCGGCGACGUCCUCGGCCACACGCUGGGGCUCUUCGCCUCGCGGUACACCGUGCUGGACGUGGACCUCCUCCCGUCGUCGGGCCGCGUCGCGCCGGUGGCCGGCACACCCUUCGACUUCCGCGCCCCGACGGCCAUCGGCGCGCGCAUCCGCCAGGUCACGGGCGGCAAGGUCGUCGGGUACGACGCCAACUACGUCAUCGACGGGGAGCAGGAGAGGAUGCGUCCCGUGGCGCAGGUCCAGGACGGCGCGUCCGGCAGGGCGGUGGAGCUGUGGGCGAACCAGGCGACCGUGCAGCUCUACACGGGGAACUGGCUGAACAACACCAAGGGGAAGGACGGCAAGGUGUACAACCAAUACGCGGGGUUCACCCUGGAGACGAUGGGAUACGUGGACGCCGUGAACCACCCGGAGUUCCCGUCGCAGACCCUAUUGCCGGGCCAGGAGUACAAGCACGACAUGGUCCUCAAGUUCUCAUUCUAGGUGCACGGUUAAAUUUGCAGGAUUGUGCACAUGCAAAGCACGGGCUGUAAAAUGAGAUCGUUGUUGGUGUUUGAAGGUGAAAUAAUGAUCUCUGGUUCAGAGGAGAA